UCCAUGCUUGUUUUGAGCAGAAGUAGUGUGAUGACAUUUUUGGUGCUUUUCCCAACGUUUUUGAUUUAAUUUAAUGUUAAAAUAAUUCUUAAUAUUUUCUAAGUGUUUUGUCCAAAAUGGCGACGGACGUGUCCCAGUAGUCUACAGAGUUUACGGCUGUUUCUCCUUAAUAUUCGAACAUUUCUACCGAGUAGAGAGGUGACCGAACCAAGCUGUGUGCCCGGCAGGAAUGUGCAAAAAUAUAUUCGAGGGGAUGUGCAAAAGUUUUAAGACUACAAAUAUGUGUGGUUGAAUCUCAAUGCUGAGCUGCCAUGGAGGGUUUGGAGGAGAAGCUCAAAGGUCUGUCCAUCGCUCGGCGGUCUCGUCCAGAGGAACCCACCUACCUGCUGAACGUCGCCCUGCAGCCGGCCGCCCUGCUGGCUGUGUCCUGCUCCAACUUCACCGUCCACCUCCACAACAAGGACACCCUGAAUAUGGUGGGAGAGUAUCAGGGCCACAGUGGGCCGAUCUGUGGGGUUGUUUUCUCCCAUACCUCCCCUGACCUCCUCUACUCUGGUUCUGCUGAUGGGACGGUACGGGCGUGGGACGUCCGCCGUCCCGGGUCAGACGCAGCCCAGGUGUUUAAAAGCGACCCGUCACACAGCUACUGCAGCUUCGACCUGAGCUGCAGCGACACGCUGCUGUGUGCAGGCACCGAGCAGGUCAACGAUGAAGACAGCUUCCUGGUUUUCUGGGACGUCAGGAAACCAGGUGGUGCGCUCCUCGGGGUGUAUUCUGAGUCACACAGUGAUGACAUCACACAGGUGUGCUUCCACCCUCGAGACAAAGACCGCCUGGCGUCCAGCUCCACAGACGGCCUUGUUAAUGUGUUUGACCUGAGCCGAGGAGCUGAGGAGGAGGCGCUGCUGGCCACCUGUAACAGCGACUCGUCUGCUGGCUCCGUCUGUUGGUCCGGAGCGGACUACACCCAGCUGCUGUGCCUCAGCCACGACGAGGGGCUGCACCUGUGGGAUCUGGGUCAGCUGGAC